UUGUAUCAAAAUUAAAUAAUAUUUAAGAGAAAAUAAAAUUUAACACUCAAAUUUCUCCAGAACUUUCAAAAUCCCUAACCUACAAAACUUGUCAAAUGUUGGCUUCCUCUGUUGAUGUUUCCGGCGUCAAAAGUCUUCUCCUCUCCCGUUUCUCAAUUUUCUCCUCUCCAACGUCUCAAAUUUCUCCUCUCCGACGCUCAAAAUCUCAGCGAACUCUCCAGAUUUCGUCUUCGAAUCGUUAGUGCAUCGAACUGUUUGUCUUCAUCAUAGCAUUGACGACGGUCGAUGGGAACUCGUAUUCUGUCCGGCGUCUCUCCUAUCCUGUGUUCGUUUUCAACUCAUUUAUGAUUUUCAAUUUUUCAAUUUAUACUGAAGUGAUUUCGAUAUUGUCAAUAAGUUAUUUUGCUUGAGUGGUGUUGCUUCUCCUCCCCUGGAUUGAAAAUAAGUAUAAUGAAAAGAACUGGAGUGUUUACAUCUCAAACCUCCUCAAAUUAGUUCAUAAAAAAAAUCCAUGUGAUCAAAAUGUUUAAUUUUAUGCGAUUGUCUUGAGUUUACUUGACUUGGGUAAUAUCAUUUCACUAGUUUGUUACUUGCAUUGAUCGCUCAAUAUUCAUUAAUAUUACUGCUUAGAUUAAUUUAGUUAAUUAUGUAAUGCUUUUGUGUGUGUACAUGAAUUUCAAGCGAUUAGUGUUUAAUAUUGUAUUCAUUUUAGGCUAGUGUUAGAGAAUGUUUGUCGAGUUCAUUAGAGGAGGACAUUAUUCUAUCACUGUCUAUUGCUAGACGUAAUUGGCUGGAGCUACGAAAUAUUACAUUGGGUAUGUUAAAAUGGUGUAAUGGCUUAUGAAAGCAGGAGACACUUGACUCACAAGCCUGCCAAUUGCAUCUAAUCUUUGUGUAGGUUGGCAUUGUUCAUGCUAUCAAUAAGUUUCAUGGUGAUCUCCCAGGUUUGAACUUAGCUGUGUCCCUUCAUGCACCAAUUCAAGAGUUUGUUGCCAGAUAACGCCUGCAGCUCAAGCUUUUCCUCUGGAAAAAACUUAUGAGGGCACUUGGUGUAUAUCAAAAGAAUAGUCAGCAAAAAGUAUUUAUUGAGUACAUUUUGCUGGAUAAGGUGAAUGAUGAAGAGCCACAUGCUCACCAGCUUGGCAAACUGCUAGAGACAUCUCAAGUGGUAACAAUUGAUGUUGCAAGUCCGGAAGCAGCUUGUAGCCAAAGUAGAAAUUGUGGAUCCAGGUUUCAAAAUUGCUAUCAUUUCAAAGUCUGGUGAAGGUGUAGCUCAUGUAUCUCCCUUGGAGAAAAUAUGCUUCUAAGCCAUCUCUUGCUGAAUUGAUAGAAGAUGAGAAGCCAAAACCUAAAGUUGAAACAGCACCUGUCUUGGAUAAGCAGCCUAAUGCACCCUCUCUGCAACUGAGCCCCAGCUUCCAUCUGAGGACAGGGAAGGACGGCUGAGUUUCGUCAUGGUUCUCUACUUAGACCAAAAAAUGUUUGUGGAUGUCUAUUGAUUUUAUUUUCUCGGAGACAUUAUUUAAGAAAACAUCUUAUUGAAGAAACUGUGAUGAUCUUGCUUGUCGCUUCAGAUUGUUCAUGAUUGCAGGUUUCUAUGACAAGGUGACGGAAAAGGGUUGCUACAACAUUGAAGGACUCUCAGAAUACAUUUGCAAUGUUGACAACAUUCAAUGAAGUUGAUUUGUAAGUUUAGUCCUACUGUAUUGACUGUUGCCUGUGCCACUUUUUCAUAUUUAUGGUACUAGAUAUUAUGAUUUUCUUUUUUCUCAUUUUGUACAUCUGUUGUGCAUGUGUUCUUGCCAACAAAUGUAGAAGGAUCUCUUAAUUUUUAUAUUCAUGCAAACAUGUUACCCUUGAUUUUCUAGUCCACCACCACCCACCUUGUAAUUAGAUAUCUCACUUACCUUGUGCUUCUACUGCUUUAUAAAUUCAUCUGUGUCUUGCAAUUUCUGGAUGAUUUAUUUUAUUAUGCUUUUAAUCUUUUUUCCAACUUAAAACAAGGAGCAGCUCUCCAUAUGUCCAUGUAGUCCCUGUUUUUUAAGCUCCGCUGUCUUGCACAGGGCAUGACAUCUUGUUAGGAGUGUUUCUGUGUUAGGACCUAUGUAUAUACUCUUUAAAUGAAAGAAAGAGACAACAAAGGCACAAGCACAAGACAGGACAAGUGUCACUCAAACAAAAAUUAAGGUUGGACCACAAACACAGAAGACUGGAACGUGGCAAGAGCAGAGCAAGGGAGAUGCUUAUGGAGAGAAAAUAAAAGCUGGAAAUGAAUCAAGAGGAAGGAAGGGAAGAAACUCGAGGAAAAGGGAGUGAAGGGAGAGUUUUCAGACUCUUGAAUGAUGGAUAGUUUAUGUUAUCGUUUCUUUUUUUUGGCUGAGUUUUAUGCUGAAUACAGUAGCAGAGAACUGUCUUUGUAUUACUGUAACCUUAUCAAUACAAUUAGUAUUUUUCAUACUAAUUGUAUUUAUUUACUACAUAUUUUCAGCAGUCACAAAUACCAGAAAUCUUUGUCCAGCAACAUUUCCAACUGCAACAAACCAUUAUCCAGCAGAAGCAGUAGCAGAACACUCCAGCAGCCAUAUACAUUUCCCUCAUAUUACAUUUUUUAGUAUUCACCCAUUAAGCAAGACUCACGGCAACAGAGCGGAGUGAUUCCAGAACUCCAGUGAAGUCUAGCAGGUACCUAACAUUCUGCAACAUCAAUUGCAAUGGUUUGUAAUUCAGGCUGAAAGUUUCUAUCUUUUUUUUGGUUAAAAAAAAAAAAAAAACAGAAACUUUCAGCUGAAAUAGUUCAAUAGCACAUUUUUGCUGAGCCCCUCAAUAAAAAUAUCAUAUAUAAUUAAAUUUGGUGGAAC